AUGGUAGUGGAGAAAGGGGGUUCAAGCCCCCCAAAACCCGGGGGUGAGAGGAGCCCCCCGCAGCAGGAGCCUCCUGGGCGCCUGAAGAAAAGCGAGCAGCAGCAGCAGCUCCUCUCAGACGGAUUCACUGUUAAAGCCAUGAUGAAAAACGCUGUGGUAAGAGGGCCACCACUCGCAGGAGCAUUUAAAGAAAGACCAACACAGCCCACAGCAUUUCGCAAGUUUUAUGACCGAGGAGACUUCCCCAUUGCCCUUGACCAUGAUACUAGAGGGAACAAAAUUGCUUGGAAGGUCGAGAUUGAAAAGCUGGACUAUCAUCGUUAUCUGCCUUUGUUUUUUGAUGGGCUUUGUGAAUUGACAUUUCCAUAUGAAUUUUUUGCUCGCCAAGGAAUCCAUGACAUGCUGGAACAUGGUGGAAACAAGAUUCCUCCUGUUAUUCCUCAGCUCAUAAUCCCAAUAAAAAAUGCACUGAGCCUCCGUAAGCGACAGGUCAUGUGCAUCACCCUGAAAGUCCUCCAGCACCUGGUGAUGUCAGCUGACAUGGUGGGGGAGGCCUUGGUGCCCUAUUAUCGACAAAUCCUCCCCGUUCUGAACAUCUUUAAGAAUUCGAAUGUUAACACAGGUGAUGGGAUAGACUACAGCCAGCAGAAGCGUCAAAAUCUUGGAGAUCUUAUUCAAGAGACACUGGAACUCUUUGAACGCCGUGGUGGAGAAAAUGCUUACAUAAACAUUAAGUACAUGAUCCCUACUUAUGAGUCGUGCCUAAUAAACUGAGUUGUAUCAAAAGGGAUCAUUCCAUUUGUGUUCUAAAAAAACUGUAUCUGACUCUGUGUGGCAUCUUGUUAGUCAUGCUUUUUUUCUCUACAGCUGCUAAAAUAGUGGCUUCUGGGGCAUGACAGUGUUAGCACUAUUGUGAACAAGCGUUUCCAAUACAUAAAUAGUGCCUGUUCCUUUGAUUACAAUGGUGUACUGUGCUUGUUUGUUCCCUGAAAGAAUCGCUCCUUUAUAACAGAGCUGACUCGAGCAGGAAUCAGAGUUAAACCUUCACUUGUAUAGACAAUAAAACUAUAAUUUUCAUACGC